CCGAGGGAGCGUCGGGAGCGCGCCCGGGCGCCCCCCCCACUCUUCCCCCCCUCCGCCGGGUUCUCCCCCCCCACACCACCCCCCUCCUCCGCCCUCCGCCCCCCUCUCCCCCCCUUCCCCUUCCCCUCCCCACCCGGGAGGAGAGGCACGGAGUGACCGACGGAGCCACCGCUCCGGCCGCUCCGACACCCCGCUCUCCUCCAUGGGGCUCAGGUAAGCGCGUCGCCCCCCGCCCCCCGGGGCGAGCGGGGGUCGCCAUGGCCGCCCCCACACCCCUACACACGGAGGGGCGGCGGGGAGCCCCCCCCGCCGCUCCCGCACCGCCGCCCCCGGUGUUAUCCCCGUUAUUAUCCCCACUGGUUAUCCCCGUUUUUUUAUCCUUAUCCCCGUUUCCAUCCCCGUUAUUCCCACCCGCCCCCUCCUUCUCCUCCUCCUCCUCCUCCCCGGUCGCGCCCUGCCCCGGCGAGGGGGGCACGGAGCCUUCUUUGGGACGCGGUGUCCUAUUUGGUGUGGGUGGAUGGCUUAACUUGCUGGUAAUUUCUGCUGCGUCAACACCCAGCUCAAGGGAGAGGAGAAGAGACAAGGGGGCAUUUUAACAGCAGCUCCACUUGCGGAUAGCCAGCCUCAAUCCCGGCUCCAGCAUUAAAACCCUUUCCGCCCCCUAAAAACCAGCAUCCGUGCAAGUUGGACCAAGAGUUUGUCAGGAGUGUGGUUCAAAACUGCUUGGAAAAAGGGAUGAGGACAUCUGAUGAACCUUUUGGAGCUUGUUACCAGAGACCAUUCUCCUCUCUUCAUUGAAUCAUGCACUGCCCAGCUGUGAAACAUCGCAACAUUUAUUUUUGCUAACAGGAAACACUUUUAAAUAUCGUUCUGUCUUUCUCCUACAAGAGUUCACUCCAGUGCUGUCAGAAGGUCACGGAACAGGGCACUACCUGUGCUGCCCUGGGGCUGUUGAUGUCCUCAGCUGUUGUAGGAGAAACACUAGACCUGGAACCCAGUUUGUUACUGGACUUGUGGAAGAGGAAACAUAAAGAUUUCCAGAUGAAUAACCGAAAGGAAGAUAUGGAGAUUGCUUCCCACUACCGUCACCUGCUGCGGGAGCUGAACGAGCAGCGGCAGCACGGCAUCCUCUGCGACGUCUGCAUCAUCGUGGAGGGCAAGAUCUUCAAGGCUCACAAAAACGUCCUCCUGGGCAGCAGCCGCUACUUCAAGACUCUGUACUGCCAGGUGCAGAAAACCUCUGACCAGGCCACAGUCACCCACCUGGACAUUGUCACCGCACAGGGCUUCAAGGCGAUCAUUGACUUCAUGUAUUCCGCGCACCUGGCGCUGACCAGCCGCAACGUCAUCGAGGUGAUGUCGGCUGCCAGCUACCUGCAGAUGACAGACAUCGUGCAGGCCUGUCACAACUUCAUCAAAGCUGCUCUGGACAUCAGCAUAAAGUCUGAUGCCUCGGAGGACCUCGUUGAUUAUGAGCUGGGAGCCCCUUCCAGCAGCAGCACGGACGCUUUGAUUUCGGCGGUGGUGGCUGGCAGGAGCAUAUCUCCGUGGUUGGCUCGGAGAACCAGCCCGGCAAACUCCUCUGGAGAUUCAGCUAUUGCCAGCUGCCACGAAGGAGGGAGUAGUUAUGGAAAAGAGGAUCAAGAACCAAAAACAGACAGCCACGAGGACAUUUCGUCCCAGUCUCUCUGGGCCAGUGACAUGGGCUAUGGGUCUUUACGUAUCAAAGAGGAACAGGUUUCGCCGUCGCAUUAUGGAGGGGGUGAGCUUCAUUCUGCCAAGGAUAGUGCAAUACAGACUGGGUUCUCGGAGCAAGGAGUGGGGGAGGGCUGGCAGCCCACGGGGCGCAGGAAGAACAGGAAAAACAAAGAAACUGUGCGGCACAUUACGCAGCAAGUGGAGGACGACAGCAGGGCAAACUCCCCAGUGCUGCCUUUUUCACCUGCCUCGGGAUGGCCGUACAGCAGUCGAGACCCAAGUGCUGAUGCUGCAGGGACAGAGCCCAGCAGCUCUGACAGCAGGGGGGAGCGGCCGGACCCCUACUCCAACGUGGAGGAAGCUCUCCUGGGCGGGGAAUCCAGCUACAUCCACCAGCCCCUGACUCCAGAGAAGGAGGACGCGCUCCAGGCCGCCACGGUCGCCAACCUGCGCGCGGCUCUCAUGAGUAAGAACAGUCUGCUGUCCCUGAAGGCCGACAUGCUGGGCGAGGACAGCUCCCUGCUCUUCGAGUACCUACCCAAAGGCACCCACUCGCUCUCUCGGCCUGGCACCAACUCGAAUCCUUCAAGGGGCGAAUGUGAUGGCAAAGUGGAAGCACCAUCUCCCCCGCUGCCUUCAGCACACCUUGCCACUCAGAGCCCCCCCGGGAUCUGCUCUUCUGGUGAAUUGUCACCAGAAACUGUGAUAAAAGGAGAGGUGCCUUCCUCAACCCAGGCCGCUUACGACAGAGUGUUGGCACUUUGGCAGUUUGAUAACUCUGACUCAGAUACGAGUUUCUCCAGGCCCGAAGACACGGACGUUGCCACCGAUGGGACGUUCCUGGAUUCAGCCCUGGCCAAGAGGCUGACCUGUGGUUUCUGCAGGAGGGUGUUCCAGUGUGCUGAGGAGCUGAAGGAGCACAUCCACGAGCACGCCUUCUCCAUGCUCCUCCCGCUGGAUGUGGCUGACUGCUCCCGGCCCGGCCUCGCCGACAGCGUUCCUGCCGGCCAACUCGGCCGCUUCCAGUGCUCCAAGUGCCCCGCGAGCUUCACUCUGAAAUCCAACAUGGAUCGGCACGAAAAGACCAUCCACUUCCACUUCAACGAGUUCACAGUCAUCAGGAAGAAGUUCAAGUGCCCGUACUGCAGCUUUUCAGCCAUGCAUCAGUGCAUCCUGAAGAGACACAUGCGAUCCCACACGGGAGAAAGGCCCUAUCCCUGCGAGAUCUGUGGGAAGAAGUUCACGCGCCGGGAGCACAUGAAGCGGCACACCUUGGUCCACAGCAAAGACAAAAAGUACGUCUGCAAGGUGUGCAACCGGGUGUUCAUGUCGGCGGCCAGCGUGGGGAUCAAACACGGCUCCCGCCGCCACGGCGUCUGUGCCGACUGCUCCGGCCGCGGCAUCGCCGGGCACCUGGACCACAACGGGGGAGAAGGGUCUCCAGACGAGUGUUACCCUGGGGAAGGGCAGUACAUGGAAGACCCGGAUGACAUCAAAGUGGAAGGAGACGAGGAGAUGGGAGACGACGACGACAUCAAGUGGAAGGAUGACGUGGGGAUGUCACAAGAUGAUGUGAUUUUAGAUGACGACAAAGAUGUUGACUCCCCGCAGGAGCCGGACAACUCUGGGGAGAACGACAAGGAUUUUACCUGGAUUUCUUAGGGAUUACUUUUUGUUUGGUUUUUGUUUCACUCUGUUGUUUGUAGGGGGA